AUGUGUAGACCCUCAUGCUGUCUCCACAAACUUUUAUCUCAUCGCGGGAAAAAUGUUCCCACUGGUGAUGCCUGGUGUACUGGUGCGCUCGCGCUCGCCGUCCUGCCUGCAUCGGUCACCGCCUUUUGUGGAAAAUCUACUUCACAUCCACCAAUAAUGGAGGUUCCAACGUUACCUAUCCCUGGCGAAUCCGGUUCUGCUGCCGCUGCUCAACAACAGCAGCCCGCAUACACAGGUCAACUUCAACGUAAACAAGCUGCUGAAGGCUCGGUAGAAUGGUACUUUGACAAGGGCUGUGACUGGAUGGGAAAUCAUCCAUGGAUGACAGGUAUAGGGCUCUUUGGAGUAGCAUACUUUGCUGCUGGAUUUGUCAAGUCCAAACAACCCGGUAUCAACGGAAAAGCGUUCAUCAAGGGCAGUUUUCAAUCAAAGAUGACGCCGAAAGAAGCAUUGCAAAUUCUCAACUUGAAAGAAACUACCCUCACCAGAACAAAAUUAAAGGAACAACACCGGAAGCUCAUGAUGGCAAAUCACCCUGAUAAGGGAGGAUCGUCGUACUUGGCCACCAAAGUGAAUGAGGCCAAAGAUAUUCUCGAGAAGCGCGGCGGAAUUAAGAAGUAG